AUGGCUGACGCCCCUGUUGUGUUCAAGCGGACAAAGCCAAAGCACACUCAGCGUCGCGUGUCGACUCCAACCGAUCUCAAAAGCACAGGAGACGCAGAGGCAGAGGAUGUCGAAGAGUCUCCCAGCACUCUUGCAGCAAAGUUGAAGAAGAAGCUGAAAACGCGCGAGUCUAGGUUGAGCUUUGGAGGAGAGGAGGAGGGGGACGGCGAAGUGUUUCAGGUGAAGAAGUCCAACCUCAGCAAGAAACUGACUGUUGGGAAGCACCCGGCCUUUCCAGGACAUGUCGUACCGUCGUCCAUCGAGCUGCCUUCCACACCCAGGUCCACUAGCACGCCUACAUAUGAUGCAGCAUACCUGUCCGAGCUCAAGGCAAGCACACCGACCGCUCGUCCGUCAAUGUCGGUAGAUCAGAACAUGUCUUACGACGCAGACGUGUCUCUUGACGCAGAUUCGCUCAUGCAGUCGUCCGUUUCAAGCGUGAUAGAUAUUUCUACCGAGGCUGAGUCCGAGACAGCGAUCCUCUCUGGCUCAUCGAUUCUAGCUGCGAAGCAAAAACGCGAGAGGUUACGAACACUGGGCGCAAAUGGACCUGGAGAAGACUACAUAUCAUUGUCUGUCUCAAAGCGCAGCGAUUUCUCCCAAGGACCGCAUCCGGACAGUCGCUUGGUGCGAGAGGAGGACGAGCUAGGAGAUGCCGCUGACGAGUAUGCCGAAUACACCAGUGCUCAGGAGAGGAUAGCGUUAGGCAAGAAGUCCAGAAAGGUUGAGGCGCGGAAACGCAGAGAAGAGAUGAAUGAAAUGAUAGUUGAUGCCGAGGAGGAAGACGAGGAGACCAUUGAAUGGGAGCAGGAGCAGUUACGGAGAGGAGGGCUGCGUUUCGAAGAGACCACAAAGGCGGCCAAGCCGACAUACAAGCCUGCACCGAUCCCUCCUAUCACUCCCAUUCCUACGCUGGGAGCGGCAGUCACGCGACUCACACAGUCUCUGACGGCACUCACCACAUCUCAUGCGCAGCACUCCGUGUCGAUGGCCUCGUUAGGGCAAGAACAGGAGCAGCUUGAGGCACGUGGAAAAGAGAUGCGAGAGCUGAUCGCGAAGGCCGAAGAUAAGAGAAGUUGGUUUGCCGCAUUCAGAGAAUGGGUCGAGAGCGUGGCUACGUUCCUAGACGAGAAGUAUCCCGAACUGGAAAAGCUCGAGGACGAGCACAUAUAUCUGCUGAAGGAGCGUGCCGAGAUGAUCGCUCAGCGGCGGCAUGCAGAGGAUGAAGAUGACCUCUCGCUCUUCCUCGGUUCUCUACCACAAACUCAACCACAACAAGACGAGCUGGACGAGCUCGGCCGUGUUGCCCCCCGAGCAAACCCAACCAUCGCCCGUCGUGAUCGACUCAACGCGCGCGACGUCCGGCGCAUCCGGCGACGAGCAAGCGGUCGUGCGCAACAGCAGGAAGACGAGGGAUACUCAACGGACUCCUCACUCCCACCAUCGGAUGCGGCCGACUACCAGACCGCGUUGAGUCGGCUUGCACGGGAGGCAAAGGAAAUGAUGGCGGACGUGAAGGCGGAGGAGUUCCGCGAUCCGAGCCGCGGGUUGGGCAAGUGGUUCGGGGAGUGGAGAGCAAGGUUCAGCGACAGCUAUACAGGCGCGUGGGGUGGCCUGGGAACGGUGGGCGCGUGGGAGUUCUGGGCGAGAUUGGAGAUUCUGGGGUGGAGUCCGCUGGAGGUGAUGUACCUUGAUAUCCAUUAUGAAGGAUAUGAGCUCAAUAGUGUCGGUUUACAGGAUGGCAAGACAUUGGAUAGCUUCUCAUGGUACAACUCGCUCUAUCAAUACUCACGUCCGCGCUCUCGAAGCGUCGCGGAUGAAGAUGAGGAACCAGAACUAGGACCAGAUGGUGACCUAGUCUCCGCGAUGAUUUCCACGGCCGUGAUCCCCAGACUCUGCAAGCUGUUGGAGGGUGGUGGCUUUGAUCCCUACUCCGCUACUGAGCUGCGGAAGCUCACCAAUCUCGCGGAACAGGUGGAAGCAUCAGUGGAGAAAGACAGUUUGAAGUUUGAGAUGAUGUUGAAAUCUGUCUUCAACGUGUUCCAAGCGGCAGUGACGAGCACUCACUCCCUCAUCACCACAUACCUAGCGCUUAACAAACCCCGCUUUGACCCUGAGGCAAUACCGGCUCGUCGCCGUUUUCUUGCUAGAAGGUAUAAGCUCCUGCGAAACAUCCUUCAGUGGAGGAAGUACACUGGCGAGAGGUUUGGUAUCGGCCAGUUGGCGAAGACUUUAAUAGAUAAUGACAUGCAACCUGUUGCGGAAGGCGGAUGGGAGGUUGGUGGGGAGGACUAUAUGCGCAAGGUGGCUCAGAUCAUGCCGAAGGAUAUGAUUUCUGAGUCUUUGCAAGCACGCGUACGACUAUAACCCUGUCAAUGCAUCUUAUACGACUUUCAAUAGUGCGGAUUGGACAGUUCUUGUGUGAGGUUCCGAGGGUUUCCAUCCAGUGACUGAAGUCACUGCAGGUGAUCGUGCUAGGGCAGGAUGACUGUCCGUCUUCACACGUUCAUCUGGACUAGCUCUCGGGAGAGCAAUAGCGAAGUUUUUUACUGACCCGCCCGAUGUAGCUUCGGCUGCGAUAUAUCGUGGCGUGGCUCGUUCCGCUGUCGAACAUAUAUCGUGAUGAUGAAGUUUCCACUGUAUGACAUGCCGCAUUUUAUAGAUUAUACAAGAAUGAUAGUACAUGCAAUCAGUUGUAGAUACGAACAUGAAAAUUAACUCUCUGCUACUCUUUCGAAGAACUGCUGCAAUGUACCUGACAAAACAUCUGGGAGAGCCUCCACAUCCCUCAGGACGACGUAAUACUCGAAGGGGAAGGUAUCUAAGUAACGUUCCAUCUGAAUAUCCAUGCGACCGUCAACGUUUCU